ACAUCAUCUCUUCACUCUUCUAUCAAUCCACGCAACCGUCACAAUGGCACCAGCCGGAGGUGUCCUGGCACCCAUAGCCAUGAGGGUGCUCAGGCAAGCCCUCAAAAAGGCCUCACAAGCCAUAAAAGAACGUCUUGGAGAGAUAUCACGCCCUGUCAACCGCGAACUACAACCUGUUCUUGUCCGAAAUGGACCACGUCAACCUAUUCCCCGUGCUGCGGCCCUUCGUCAAGGCAAGGGACGGUGGUACAGCACCCACAGCGCCGUAAAUGCCGCUCGUCGAUUUAUGAGCACUGGCCCAGGCAAAGCUACUACAUAUAGCCGUGCAUCAUUUCCAACAUCUGCAACUUCAACCGCUGUUUCACGGCUCACGACUCGGGCUCCCUUCGCCUCAACUCUACGACCGAACUUGACCGGCGGGGCCAUCCCCCGAACCGCUGGAGGCUAUACCAUCGGUGGAGGACGUGUAGGUGGGGCUCGAUACUUCUCCCAUACACCUGCUGCUCCAGCGCAAGUUGUGAACAAUGUUUCAGCAGCAGUUCGAGCCUUCUGGCUCUCUGGUCAAACUGCUCACUUUGAUGGGAUGACUCCAGCCGGAGAAAAGCGGUACCGAAGCGUGACCAAUCUCCAGGAAGAGACAUGCCGCAAGAUGCGUUCAAUGCCUAGACACGUCCCAGGUUCAUUCAUCGACUUCAAUCUCAACCCAACUGUCACGGCACUUAGUCCACUCAACGUCACCUUCCCCUACGGCUCGAAUAUGGAGCAAUCCGCCCCAAACUUGAACACCGAGGGCUUCUUGGAUGUUCUCUCUGUCGAUUUCUCACGUGCCCUGAAGGACCUGGCCAUUACAAUGAACGAUCUCAAGCGCUUAUCCGCUCUUGGUGAUCUCCCUAUAUCCCUGGAACAGAAAUCCACUCUCCGGGUUCGGUUUCCGGGCUGUGAUGCCGAGACUGUAGAGCGUCUCUGCGAUGAGGUUGGCGUGGAGAGAGGGGUUGUUCACCAAGAUCCAGAUUUUGACGACAGCCUUGGAGCGAAUGUCGCCUUGAUAUUCCCAUUCGCCCCUAGUACUGAACACACCAUGACUUCGCCAGGUGGCUCAUUGCGCUCAGAGACUGGCCACGACUAUGACGCGGUGGAGGAUAUCGUUGACAACCCUUGGCUUGAAGGCUAUGAGAGUAUGGACGCAAGUGACAAUGGGUCUGCCUACUUCACAAAGCCAGCCGACCUCCAGAACUCAUCGUCGGAAUACGAGGGUCUGGAAGGCCUCUACCGAUUUUUAGAAGAAUGUGAUAAUGCUAAGAGGAUAUAAUGGUUAGAAAUUUCAUUUGUCGACAUGUUUUUUCUGGGGCUCGGGAUACCACGCGAUUGCAAAUAGUCUUUCUUUAAGCUGAGGCUGGCUGGAUACGGAAUGGGGAUGGGAGUAUCAAGGCGCCACAGUUAACACCACUCACACUCACUCUCCCACCAACGUUGGUGGGUUCUGAAUUUCCUUAGGUAGUCUGUUAAUAUCGCAAUACUACAACAUUACCAUUGCGUG